AUGAGGACCGUACCAACUCAACCCGGGGGUUUCACUCUUGUCAUGGACGAGGCGUUGGACAUUCUGUUUUUUCGAACGCCAAACAGCAGAGUCGAUUAUUGGCCGGCACGGUGCAGUAUCCUGGGCGCCAUGGAGGUGGCGAUGGGGUACACGACGAAGGCGGAGAAGUGGAACCUGCUUCAUGUGUACCAGUUCGACUUUGACAGGCGGAAGUACAUCCGCGAAAGGCUCCAGGAGUUCAGGAACGACUGCCUGACGGCGGGCCGGUGCGCGGUGAUCAACUCCUUCGACCUGCACAUAUCGCGCCCGGACAGGCGCCGGGAGGUGCACGGUAGCACAAACGUCACCACGUUCCUCACCGGCAGUCCCAGGGUCGUUCAACCUGUUGAUAUGGCACAUGAACCAGCUAGGAAUUCCAUUCGCCAGCGAUGUGUUUUUACGAGGCAUUUCAGCCUCGUUCAGCCGCCCCGGGCACAGCGUGAUCGUGCUCCUCCUCAAGCACAUUGCCUAUUGGCUCUGCGGGUUUGCUUGGGUGUCGCUCCCAGCAUAACCGCGCACCGCGUAUUCUGUGCUCCUCUGGAUCCGUUCACCCACGCCGCGACGCGGCUGCUCGCGCCUGAUCUUUCCUAUUUCUACCCCCCCUCGACUUCCCCUUUCUUCGUCGCUCCCGUCAUGGCCACCACUCAGGGCUUUGACGCAGUAAUGGCCGACAACGGAGUCACCGUUCCCUCCGUGAGCGACCUCUUGCCGGACGAGGGACAAUCGAUGCCGCAGGCCAAGAAGAUUUGCACGGGGGAAACCUCGUCGUCUGCGCGACCUGCUCCUGCUCCUGUCAUGGACCCGGUGGCUGACCCUGAAGCGGCCCCGGACUUCACCCUCAACGGUCUGGAGUCCAGCGCGGCGCCAACACAGGUGCUGGCUGGCCCCCUCCAGCGGCUGCGCCGCAAUCGCGACGUGGUCGGAGAGAUUGUACAUAACCUGGUACGAGACACCCUCACUUUGGUCACCAUCAUCUUUCCGGAUAGCCUAGCUGAUGUGCACCGCAGCAAGAUCAGCAGUCGUGUUCGCGCUGGUUUGCGUCCUGCCUUCUUCCCGCACUCUAACCGUGUACCUACGUUCGAGUCCUCCCCUGGUGAAGUCCUCCGACUCCCCCGUCGAGCGUACGCGAAGCUGGUGUUCCAGCUCCCCACACGGGAUGACGCCAGGGGCUUCCGCCGAGCAUUCCCGAUGACCUUCAACUACAACGGUGGUUCUGUCGAGCUGAAGCUCUACGACGAUCCUGAGCCGGCUUUCACGGCGGCCAAAGCCCGGGGUGAAACUCACCUGGUCAUCCGCAACAUCCCCUUCGGGUACUCCGUGAGCGCGAUUCGCCAGCUGCUCACGACGAGCAGCACGCACGAUGCGCGGAAGUGGCUGUCCGACAUCCGCGUUUUCCACAAAACGACCGACCCGUACGAGGAGAUCUCGCAGCCCCAGAUGAUGGGGCUUCCUGUCGCGGAGCCUGACGAUCCUUGCUUCGAAAAUAUCCCCGCGGUACUCUGGCUUGAGGACGCUCAGCUGCCGAUGAUCAUCAACCUGUCAUGUCACUCGUGUGACAUUUGCACGAGCAACCAUAGGACGCGUGACCAUCAGUGGUUUGCGGUGACGCGCCGCAGGAAUCUCCCCAACCGUUACACCAUCACAAUCGGGCAACUGCAGAACGUCACGGCCAAGCUGCUCGGACAAACGCCGGUGCCUCUGGCUGUCAAAGCCGACCCCGGGAUCCUGUACAUCGGUUCCGAGGACGAUGUCGAACUGUGGACUUGUGCGAUAUGCGACUUCGAGUGCGGGCCUGCCCUCGACAGUGCCUUUGCGCACAUCCACUCCCCUGGCCACGGGCUUCGGCUCAUGCAGACGGAGACUCAGACCACUGCCCUGGAGACCUGGGGCCCCAUCAAGGCGCACGAUUUGAGGCAGCGCGAAGAGAUUGCCUCCUUCCUCGCCUCACUUCUGUAG